AUGAACCCCGCAGAAAAAUUCGCAGUUGGCCGGAGCAUUUGCUCAAGCAAGGUACAUUCCCUCCGCAAGACUGGGCGAAUGACGGCAUUCUUGCCGCACCAUCGAAGACACGGAAGUCGAUCUUUCCAUGAAUUUGCUGGUUCCACGUCUUUCGCAACAGCUUGCCUGUCGUUCCUCCCUCUAUCCUGUUCUUCCACCUCAGUGGUUUCAAAUCUUCCUCUACAUCCACGCUUUGAAGCCAUCGUUGUGAGCCCUGAAAAUCCGCCUCCCUCCACGCCGAUGCAAUGGCUCGACAACCGAUGCCUCGAGAAUCGAUGCCUUGACAAUCGAUGUCUCGAAGACCGAUGCCUCGAUGGCCAAUGUUGCCCUUCGAUUUCGAAAACCGAUGCAGCAAGAAGACAGCGCCCGAACCAAUGUUAUGCCUCGACGCCCCUCCGACUCAAAAAUCGACAACGGACUCGACAUCUCGCCAUCCCUUUGUCGUAA